AUGACUUCGUGGGUUAACGACUUGCCGGCCACUUUGCAGUCCAAAAUUAAUGCUUUGGUAGCUGCUCAGCCUUCAAGCCAACAGAUACUUGAUGAGCUUCAUGACCACUUAACCAGCCCUAAGAAAAGAAAGACGCCUGCUCCAAGGAAGCAACAACCUAAGGUAUUGCCUUCUGCUGGGAACGGCGCCGACAAACCUCCAAAUCCACACCACGUGAAAUACACACAGCCGGUGAAUCCUCAGGAGAUUAUUUUCGAAUUAUCGAACUUAUCAUUCACUUCCCCAAUAAGAAGAAAGUACAACCUUCUAUUCCAUUUGCUCAUCUCACCAGACAAUGUCCCACAUCCAGUGCUUUCCAUAGUCAACCUCACCAGCAAGGUGCCUGAGAUGUCACUUACUGGUCUCAAAUCAGCGGUUAAGCUUUGUAUGCUUGCACCAAUCUUGGGAAAUUCUACCGUGCUGACGAAGAAAGAUACGGCUAUGUUGUGUCUUUGGCUUAAUGAGCAUGCUGCUUUCGACAACAAAAAUGAUCCGAUCAUCUGUACGAUUAACCUAGAUGUGAUAAAGAAACAGCUUAUUGAAGAUGGGAAGAUUCCUGCUCAUGCUGAGCAUCAGGUUGGUGAUGAGGAUGAUGAAGGUGAUGCUAUAAAGCCGAUCAAUGAGCAGAUUAUCUUCUUCUUGCAAAGGCAGUUCGGCUUGUGUGGCAUUGAACUUCAUAACUUUAUGCCUUUGGCCAGACCUAUGCAAAAUACUUUGAAAGUCAAUGCUGAUAGUGCUAUUGCCAUUUCGACAAAGGGAAACACGAUUUGCGAUUUCGUGGCUGCUAGCGCGUAUAAGGGCUCAAAAGAAGGCAGUCUUUUGCUUCUCAAUACCAGUGAAGAAAGGGCUUUCAUGAUCUUUGGUUUCAAGAAGCCAAUUCUUCUCACAGCUUUCUCCUCGAUCAAGGAUAUCUCAUAUAAAGACAUCACUCGAUUCACAUUCAACAUGUUGGUCACUAUUGCUGAUCCACAGGGCGGUGAAGACGAAGUUAUCGAGUUCAGUAUGAUUGACCAACAAUCUUACCAGGAUAUUGAUGAUUUCGUGAGAAGGAUGAAGAUUCAAGAUAACUCAUUUGAUACUAAAUUACGUGAGAAGCAAGAAAACACAGAAAACAGUGUUGUUGAGGAAGUGCCCCAGGAAGCUGCCGAGGGUGAUAGUGACGACGAAGAAGAAGACGGCACCUACACUGGUGGAGUUGAAGAAGGCGACGAAGACGACAGUGACAUGGCCGCAUCCGACAGUGAUGGGGACGACUCUGACGUCAGCGAGGAUGAUGAUGAAGAUGAUGACGAGGAUGACGGGCUUGACGGCGUUGAAGAAGCUGCUGAAGACUGA